CCCGUCAGACGCCAGUUGCCAGUGGAAAUAUACCGAGCGCGCACGUCCGCCGCUGUUUUCGGCGUUGACGUCCGCGAAACACGCGACCCCCUCACGCGCGCGCCGUCCUCGGCUACUGUUUCGACGAGUUUUCUCCCCAAACUCUCUUUCUUUCGAAAAAAAAAUUUCGUCAAUCUGGCACUAUCUGCCCCCCCCCCCCCCGAAAAAAGUCUUCCUUCAACGUUUACCACUAUCACGCCAUUGAGACGGCGGUUGAAAAACGAAUAAUAUUCGCAGCGAGAGGACGACGAUCCGCGAGUGAGGACGAUUUUUUUUUGUUUGUUUAACCCUUCCAACCGUGACAUUUGAAGAGAUUGACCGGCCAUCGAAAAUGCAUUCGGAAAAACGUCUGCCCGACAUCGUUUUCCGCAGCACGUCCGCUGCACCGCUACGGCUCGCUUCCUCCGGGAAACGUCGGAUCAUGUAAUCAUCAUAUUGGCUGUGACUCGACUUCCCUCCCCCCACCACCCCAGGCACCGGCAGCGGUGGCAAGCACGUCGCAGGUAGAACCCUGCACACACACACACACACACACACACACACACACACACACACACGCAAAUACACAUAUACGAAUAUUGUAUGCACAUCGCGGUACGCCAUACGUAGAGAGAGACAGAGAGACAGACAGAAAGAGUCAGCGAUCACACUGCACCACUGCAGCACAGUGCAGCACGCCGUCGCCCGGCCGCGACUGCAGCCGACGAUGCACCACCGGAAAAGUGCGGCCACCAUGACGUGGCGCGACUCACUGCUGUGAGCCCAGCCAAACAUGGCCAAAGACAAGAACCCGGAGAAAAAGAAAGGAUCGAAAAAAGAAACGAUCACCUGCGAACGGACGUACGUGUCGGACAGGUGUUCGCGAAACGGCAUCCAGCAGGUUGGAAAACAGUCGUCGUCGUCUCCGCCCAACAGUCCUAUAGCGUUGAGGGUGUUUAACUUCCAGUACAAACACCGGAGACGAAACGCGGUGCGCGAAAAACGCCCCGUAUCGCUCGACAAGCCUCGCCCGGCGCACCAGCGCGUCGACAACGCGUACGUGGAGACGCCGUUCGUGGACGGCGCCGCCUCGAUACAGAUGCAGCAGAAUCGGAAGCAACAACAGAAGCAACAACAGAAGGAGCAACAGAAGCAGCAACAGAAGCAGCAACAGAAGCAGCAACAGAAACAGCAACAGAAACAGCAACAGAAGCAGCAAAAGAAGCAGAAAAAGCAGCGGCAAAAGGUAGCCGCCUUAUUCUCCUCACUCAUCGCUGACAACAAAGAGUUCACCCCGUCAUCGGUAAGAUUAAUCUGCAACGAUUGUCAGCCUUCCUGUAGCAACAACCUGUCGGUCAUGAAAUGGUCGGACGAACCACCGCCCCGGCCUGGCAAAGGCAUCAUCAAGGAGUUCCCGCCGUACGUGCCGUGGAAGCCCGAAUUGAGUGAGCAACUAGACUCGUGCGCCGUGUGCUAUAAGUGCCGGUGCAGCACGUGCCAGAUGCAGUGCAAGCAUCCGGGUUUACGCGUGUUUGGAAAGCUAGACGUGCGGGCGCUGUGCGACAAGGAGUUUAUAGAUGCGACCAUUGCGUGCCUGCCGUUCCUCGAGAAGACGCCUAGGUGUAAAUCUGCGAACGCCGCUAGGGACCGGGCCACCAAAAUAGCCAAAGAAGCACCCACCAAAAAAACAUCCGCCGCAGCUGCGCCCGCCAAAAGAGCAACAGCCAAAACAGCAUCCACCGCAGUUGCACCCGCAAAAACAGUAUCCGCUGGAGCUAUACCCGCCAAAACAACAGCCGCCAAAACGGCACCCAUCAAAAUAGCAUCCGCUGCAGCUCCACCCGCCAAAACAGUAAUCAAGCAAACAGCACCCGCCAAAACAGUAAUCAAGCAAACAGCACCCGCCAAAACAGUAACUACCGAAACAGCACCCGUUAAAAUGACACCCACCAAAACGGCAACUAUCGAAACAGCAUUUGCAAAAACAGCAACCGUGGCCAAAACAGCAACCGCCGAAACAGCAAUCAAGGAAACAGCACCUGUGGCCAAAACAGCGACCGCCGAAACAACAAUCAAGGAAACAGCACCCACUAAAACAGCAUCUGCUGCAGCUGCACCCGAAAAAACAGCACCCGCCAAAACAGCAAUCACUGAAACAGCAACCGCCGAAACAGCAAUCAAGGAAACAGGACCCACUAAAACAGCAUCCGCCGCAGCUGCACCCGAAAAAACAGCACCCACCAAAAUAGCAAUCACCAAAACAGCAAUCACUAAAACAGCAACCGCCGAAACAGCAAUCAAGGAAACAGGACCCACUAAAACAGCAUCCGCCGCAGCUGCACCCGAAAAAACAGCACCCACCAAAACAGCAAUCACCAAAACAGCACCCACAGCCAAAACAGUAACCGUCAAAACAGCAAUCAAGGAAACAGCAUCCGUCGCAGCUGCACCCGAAAUAACAGUACCCGCCAAAACAGUAAUCAAGCAAACAGCACCCGCCAAAACAGCACUCGCCAAAACAGCACCCUCCAAAACAGCACUCGCCGACGCCGCCGCCACGGCCAAACAGAUCAACGGCGCCUAUCUCGACGAGGACGCCGACUCUACGUCGUCAAUGAAGUGCCGAUUGCGUUGGCUGCUGUGUUGCCUGUGCAGCCCUUGCCCACCGUGCCACAUGGCGGACGAGCCGCUAGAGUGUGCGGCCAGAUGUCGAGGCAACUACAGCGUGCAAGGUUGCAAGUGCGUCGACUGGGGCGGGAUAAAGAACAACCGGGGCAAUGUGAACGUCUCCGCAGCCGCUGCGUCCGAGUCCAGAGAUCGCCGCCGAUGCCACCAGUAUUACAUCACGGCCCUGCCAAAGAAGAAAAACAUUUUUCGAAGAAUCUUGUGCUUAUGACCAAAAUGUUGUUGAGGUGUAUUAUAAUAUUAUAAUAUAUAUCUACGAGCAUGCGAACACACACACUCACACACACACACGUACACACACACACACACAAACACACACACGUGUAUUACAGCUGCAGCUGCAGUCUCCGACGAUUACUCCGGCAAGUGUACAGACGUAUAUAUUCGUUCCGUGUAUUGUUCCGUGUAUAUUGUAUGUGUGUGUAUAUAUAUAAUAUAUAGUAAGUUAAGUAUUUUAUCCUAUAAUAAUAUUAUAUUAUUGUUAGUAUAUUUUAAAAAUAUAUUAUAUUAUAUACUUAAUUUAGGGCUUGAAAUCGAUUUUAAACAAUAUUAAAAAAACGUUAAAAAUCUUCCAAAUAAUUGAAUAUUUUAAUGAUAAUAUUAUUCAAUAUUUAUAUCGAAAUAAAAAAUUUAUUAUUAAGAAUUCAUAUCAAACUAUAUAUAAUAAUUGUUUUAGGAUAUUAUAUUUCAUUUUUAUAUAAAAAUUGAUAAAAAAUGUAUAAAAAAAAGUUUAACAUUUUAGCAAUAGUCAACAGCAGGCCAAUUUUAUAUAGCAACGUCCAUCGGUAGGUAUAAUGAGUAUAAAUAACUAAUAUUCCAUUUUCUCAGCCCCGUUUCACGGCCGUACGUAUUGAACGUACCAAUGACAAUCUCGCAAGUGUGGCUCGUAGAUAUCAAAAUUAAAAUUGUAAAAAUGUAAGUGAUACUAUUGUUUUGAAUUGAAAAAAAAAUCAUAUUUAAAAUUUAAUAAUUGCAAAUUGGAAAUCAAUGAAUCGAUAUCGUAACGAUGUAAAAUCAAUAUUUUCAAACCAGAAGAAAUCUAAUACUUAUCAGUAAGUGAAAAUUAAAUUAAAAUCGGAAAAUUUAAUUUCGAUUUCAAGCCCUGGACUAGUGUUAGUAGCUAAAUAUUUUUAAUCAAAAUAAUCUUACAUUCUUAUUAUGGCGCUAUUUUAAUUAUUAAUCUGCUUCUCAAUUCCAAUACGGGUUUCAGCUUCAAUUACCAAAUUAUCAACUCUUCUCUGUUAUUUAUUAUUUUUUUUGUUGAUUUAUAUUCGUACGAAUCGUAUUCUUGGUCCAUUAUUUGGGACACAUAUAUAACACAAACAUUGUUGCAAAACUGAUUCAAACAAUCCAUCACCAUUUGUCUCGGUAUACAUAUACAGCCAAUCCAUUUAUUUCUUUUUUUUCGUGUAUAGUUCUUUCAUCUGAUAUUUUCCUCCUUUUUCAUUAAAGGUUGCCAUAUCUGUUCCAGUAGCACUACGUGUUAAAAUCUUCUGUUCUUUAUUUUCUCUUUUCUACUUAAUUUAUUGCGCAAUCUUUCACUUUCCGAAACCAUUGAUAAUACCCUAAAAGUAUACAGCACUAACCCGCCACUACAUUGCGAGACGUGUCAUCGUCACAAAAGUCAUUACAAAUUUUUAAGAGUAAGUUCGGUUCACAUUUUUCUUUUGACUAUUUCCAAGUAGCAUAAUCAAGCCUAUUUAAAUAUGAUAGUAUAAUAGACGUAUAGUAUAGAAUGAACAGGUGUGAACAUAUUAUUAUUUUUAUUAUUAUUAUUAUUUUUAUUUUCGUAAAAUGCGUUAAAAUUUCUAAAUUAGUAUGUAAUUCGAUAAUAUAAGUUGUUUAUUGAACUUUAGACACGCAUAACUAAUAUUAUGUUGUGUUGUAAUAUAAUUAUAAUAUAUAUCCUAAUAAUUAAUUAUUCGUGUACAUCUGAGUAUCUAAAUUAAAUUAUUAUAGUCGUUUAAUAAUUAAUAUACCUAUAUAGGUAUUUAUUUUUAUUCCUCGUAUUAUACUAUUAUAAUAUAUUAUGAAAUCGUAUCAUUAAGCGUCUAAUUCAGAUAUAAAAAAAAAUAUUUUAUAUACAUAUCUAUUGUAUAUUAUGGAACGCACAAAAUUAUUACAAUAUAAUUUAAAUAUAUAAACCUUUUUAUUUUAUUUUUAUUGACAUCAACAGAAGUGUCAUCUUUAUGUGCUAAAUAAUUUUUUUUUUGGUAUAAUUUAAUUAUUUAAUUAUUUCAGAAUGAUAUAAUUUAUGUAUGAUGAUGUAUUAUAGUCAUUUAUCUCAUGUAUGAAUGUUAUGAUGCAAAUAAUUUCAUAUUAUAAUCUGAUUUUAAAAUUACCUUUGUCAUAAUUAUUACGUGUAAAUAGUAUUAUUAUAAUUGUUAACUUUUUAUUCCUCAUAUUUUAUGAUAAAUCGUUGUGAUCUACCAAGGAAAGAAGGCGCAACGCAUUUGUAAAUAAUAAUUAAAAACUUUAAAAUUAAUGAUAAUAAAUAUAAUAUUUACCAAAUAUACUCAAAUAUAAUCAAGUACAAAUACAUUCAUAAUAAUAAUAUUAUCCUAUAUUAUUGUAAUUAAUUGUGUGUGGUUCUGUACUAAAUUUUAAUAUAUUAUUAAAAUAUUAUUGUUUUAAGCCUAUUGCAUAAUAUUAUACGUAGAACGUUAAAUAGUGCGUACGCCCACGUAGGCGAUAUUAAUUGUUUUCUGAUAAUAUGGAAUUAUGUGUAUAAUUAUAUUAUUAUUAUGUUAUUAUUAAUAUUAUUAUAAUUAUUAUCAUAAGAACCGUUAUUUUUGACGUCCGCAAUCAGGCCAGACAUUUACUUGCUCACGUACACGCGCGACUCAUCGAAAUUCGAUAAUAAUUUUAAAAUCGUUUUUCCCUCGGCGGCGGUAGCAAGUCUCGACGACGUCAAACUACAAUAUAAUAUACCGUUGUCAUUAUUGUCUAUUGACACCGACGUUAUCGCCUCGAAAUACGGAUCGUACGAAAUGUAUUGUGGCGUUUUUCGCGAUAUUAUAUAACCCGAUGUAAAACGCGAAAGUUUAAUUCGUGAAUAAAUUCAAUUUGCACGAUUCGUGUACAUAACGCGUUUGAAAUACGAUUAUUGUACACAUCACGGAACCUUCGGCGGCGGGAAUCGCGGGCGUUUCGGAAAAUCGACGUCCCCUCCCACAAUCGUCGCGCGGAAAGACUUCGGUCGUAGUUCGUGAUAAUAAUAAUAUAGCCCACUAGAGGAUGUGCCGGCCAUUAUAAUGAAACAGACACUGUCUCAAAGAGUCGUCGUCGCGAACCGUAUAAGAUUAAUUAUUAUCGUUUCACUUAAACGCCGUGGACAUUACAAAAAAAAAAAUAUUUAUGUUCGGACGAAAUGUACUCGUAAUAAAAAUAUUAUAAACAGAACGGCUGUUUAUGCCGCUACAGCGACCGCGAAUUCUCUGUUCCGAUUAUAAUCAUGACGACGAUCUCGUAAUUACGGUUUUAAGAAACUUUAUAUUUACCUACUAUAUUAUGGUAAAGCGCGAAACGCCGACCGAAUGUUAUAAGACGUAUAGUAAGUACCUAUACUUACCGAACUUGUCGUUCGUCGUUUGUCGUACAUCGCGGAUCGGUCCAACGUUGAGAUUUAAUGCAUUAUUUAUUCUUUUGCGAUUUGAUUAAACCUCAAUCGGAAUGUGUACCCGGUACUAUAUUCCUCUUGCAGUGAACUGGCGUAGGACCACUCCGUCUCCCCGACUCGAAAAAUUUCGAUUGCGUGAAUCUUUUUGAUUAUUAUAAAUAAUAUUAUAUAUGUUACAUUGGAUGUUUUUAAUUAAUAUUAUUCACGUACUGUAUACAGAUACCUAUAUUUAUUAUUAUAUUAAUUAUUAUGGACGUGUUAUUCUAUUCAAGAGAAAUAUUUUAUAGGAAGAUCAUAAUAUUAUUUUAAACACAAAUAAUGAUGUCAUUAAGUUGUAAUUAUCUGUUGUAUGGAUUUUUACACCACGAGCAUGCGCAGACACGUCGAUGGAUCGUUAAUGUUAAUCGUUAUAAUAUUAUAUGCCUACUUAUUAUGGUCUAUUAUAUACAGUCACCGAACAAUUAUAAGGCUCAGAGGAAAUGCAAUGGCGUAUUUAGGAUUUUGCUGCCCUGGGUGAACAUUUUUUUUAUGUUCUCUUCUAGUUUUCUCUUCAUCAAUUUUUUAUAUUAACAAUUUUUCUUACCCAUAAAAAAAAUUUACAACACAUGUAAUAUGGUACCUAAUAUAGUAUCAUGCAGUAUGAAAAUUAAAAAUCUACCCAGUACCCUAGAAUGUUGAAUAUCGUAUAGGUACUUUCAGUAGACCCAUGACAACAAAAUAAUCAAAGCAAAUCUUAAAAUGUAUUAAUUUAUUUUCUUACCUAUUUAUAAAAUAGUGAAACAUUAUAAACCUAUGAUAAAAAAAAAUAAGCUUUCAGUUAAAUUUACUGCCCCCCCCAAAUUUCUGCCUUGGAAAAUUGGCCCCUUUAGCUCCCCUUAAAUACGCCACUGUGAAAAUAUAAAGAACAAAUUUUACAAGUCUCUCUCAUAUAAAUUGUAUUAUAUUAAUAACUCUUGCAUCGCAUUAAAUUACAAAAUAUAUUUAUUUCCACAUAAAAUUCAUUAAUUUCAUGCUGCUAUAGUUUUAGAUCUUCAAGUGCUUGAUUCAAUUCGCAUUACCGCGAUGCGCAUGCUUAUGGUGUUGGUUUGUGUUAUUUAUGAUGGUAAUAUGAUAAAAUGUUGUGAUUAAAAUAUAUUUAAAUUUUCAACUGUGUUAAUUAUGUGUUUAUUAUAUUACAAUGUUAUUUUAAGUAUAUAAAUUAAACGUAAUGAUUUCUCAAAAAUCUAACUAUAUAGAUAACUAUAUUACUAUAAUAUGUAACUAUCAAUGGAUUUUUUUUCAAUAUCACUAUUAAUUAUUAUAAUUUUUUAAGUCUCUCAAAUAUCAAAAUAUAAUAUGUUUCUAAGACUAAAUAUUGGCAUUGGUUAGCACCGGAUUGUAAGCACCGGUCCAUAUUAUUAUUACUGGCUACUGCUGAUAUCUAUCUCUAGUCAUAAAUAUUAUUCAAAACAUCGAUGCAAAUAUAAUUUUUACUACUUAGAAUGUUUUUAUUUAAUAUAAAAUAUUUUUUUGUGUAAUUUAAGUUUUAUAAUUUUUGAAGUGUCAUAAACCUAUUAUACGCGUUUUUAUUAUUAUUAUUAUUAUUAUUAUAAUUAAUUUAUAUAAAAAAUUAUAACGUUCUCUCUUUUUCAUUCUCUCAUUCUCUCUCAUUCUCUCUCAUUCUCUCUCUGUCUCUCUGUCUCUCUGUCUCUCUCUCUUAUACACACAUUCUCAUUUCUCUCUGAUCGAUAUAAGUAUACUUAUGUUCAAUUAAUUUUAAACUACCUAUAUAAUCAAUUAUUUGCGAGAAAAAAAUUUAUGUAAAUUAUAUACUAUUAAUGUUAUCGAAUCGAAAUAA